GUGGCGCGGAACAACGGCGCCGGCGGGCUGGAGGUGUCCGUGGUGCUGCCGGGGCGCGAGCUCCUGGCGGCGCUCAAGGAGGUGGAGGAGCUCUUCGCCCGCGCCGCCGAGGCCGGCAAGGACGUCUCCGGCAUGCUCGAGGCCGCCGCCCGUGCCCCCGACCUCAAAGAGAACUCGUCGAAAAUAAUCCAUGCCAUUGCGUGGCAUCGGUCUCCGUCGUCCGUGUCCUCAUCUUAUAGAAGCGAGCUGGGAGCAAGCUCGAAUAGUUUGUCGUGGACAGAGAAGAGCGAGACCAACAAGAGCGAUAUAUUUGAAGACUAUGGUGGGAUGAAGUCUGGAAGUCACUCUCAGACUUUAGGGAGAUUGUAUGCUUGGGAGAAGAAACUUUAUGAAGAAGUUAAGGCUAUUGAUCAAAUCAGACAAACAUAUGAGAAGAAAUGUGUGCAGCUGAGGAACCAAGACGCCAAAGGUUCAGAGCUGCGUUGUGCUGAAAAAACCAGGACAAAUGUGAGAGACCUGUACACAAGGAUCUGGGUUUCUCUAAGAGCUGCAGAAUCAAUAUCGGAUAGAAUACAAAAGUUACGGGAUGAGGAGCUCCAACCGCAACUUGUCGAGCUGUUGCAUGGCUUUACAAAAACUUGGAAAGUGAUGGUGGAUUCGCAUGAAACUCAGAGACAGAUAAUGUUCGAGGUGAAUUCCUUCACCUGCCCUGCUUAUGGGAAGUUCUGCAACGACGCCCAGCGGCAUGCCACUCUCAAGCUGGAGGUUGAACUCAGGAACUGGAGGUCCUGCUUCGUGAGCUACGUCAGUGCACAGAAAUCGUACAUUGAAGCUCUCGAUGGCUGGCUGUCCAAGUUCAUCCUAACGGACACCAUCCGUUACUCCCGAGGGAUAUCCUCUAUCGUGCCCAACAGGGCUGGUGCGCCGCCUCUGGUCGUGAUCUGCCACGACUGGCACACCACGAUGUCCAAGUUCCCCUACAAGCGCGUCUCGUUCACCAUGCGGAACUUCAACCGGAGUGUGCGGGUGCUGUGGUUGAAGCAGGGGGAGGAGCAGCAGCAGAAGCGGAAGGUGGACGGGCUGGCCAAGGAGCUGGACAAGAAGGCCACUGCCUACAAGCGGGCGGAGAACAAGGUGAUCGAGACGAAGCUCCUCCUGGAGCACCGGCCGGGGGAGCAGGAGGCGAGGCAACGCGUGGAGCAGCUGUCGGAGCGCAAGGAGGCGCUGAAUGUGUUGCGGCGGCGGGUGGAGGCGGAGAAGGCGCGACACCACCACUGCAUGCGCGACACCCACGACGUGACCCUCAAUGGCUUCAAGAUCGGCCUCGCCAGCAUUUUCGAGUCGCUCGCUGAUUUUUCUCGGGACUCUGUGAAGCUCUACGAGGAUCUCCUGGCACAUGCCGGCACCCCCAAGGAGCGCUUGGAAAAGGGCUCUUCGGCCUCCGAGCAGCAGCAGCAGCAGGCCUGUGCCGACAACGAAGGGCAACCACAGAGCUCCUACCCGCACCAGGCCACCGUCGAAGCGAGAUGACUCUUGAGUCAGCAAACAGUAUUUAUCGUCUGUUUUAAUUAGGACAUUGUUGUGCUGUUGCAUUGCCCCGGUUUUUUGGACCCCUAGACUGUUUAAUCUGACGUUAAUUAGGCUUGUAGAGUAGCAGCAUGGAUGCUGGGUGGGUGGGGGCAGA